AUGUCGCUGACCGAGGAACAGCUCAAGGUGAUCGCGGAUUAUCCACUUGAUGACUCGCUUUCCCGUUUUUCGGACAAGUUGUGUCAUUUAGAUGGAUCUAAAGACACUUGGCGCAGCGAUAUCGCCACUGUCCUGUCCAUUUUGGUUGGAUCCUCUGCAGCAUUCAACCUCCAUUUGUCAGAUGGAAAUAGCAAUGUGGCAGGUAGGCUGAUUCCCAUACCGCAAAAAGUCCGAGGAGGCUCACUCGAGUACGACCAUUUCCGCCCACUUGCCAACGCCGUCGCCACUGACUCUCCCGACACCGACAUCUGGACCGCGAUCAUCAAUCUCAUAGACGCUGUCAACCCGUCCACACCUCCGCCAACGAGCAUUAUUCCCACGGGUCGUGGAACGCCAGUCAAAACAAGCUCCAGCCGGCUCGAAGACAGCGAGACGCGCGAGAUCGUUGAGCGCGAGCUGUUUUACGAAAUCAGGGACUGCACCCAUAGGGGAGUGCCCCGUUUUUUCGAAAAGCACUUCGAUAAAGCAAACUGGACCAAGUCUCAGGAAAAUUCACUCAAGUUGAUGCUCACAGAUCACGACGGAACACAAUGGAAGGACUUCCCGGCUGACCCUUUGGAAACACCUGUGUGGAACUGGCUUCGGGGGCUAGAGAAGAAAGCCUUGGCCGGGGCGCAAUAUAUUCUGUAUACCAACAAAAGCGCGACUGAGUUCAAAGAGCGGAAGGGCCAGAUGGACAUCUUCUUCCAGAGGCCGAAACGAACGGAAGGCCGAUUUGAGUACAAACACGUCCUAGUCGCUGGGGAGCACAAACGGUCCUAUGCCACUACGGACUUCAAAGCAUGCAUGUUGCAAAUAACGCGACAUGUUCGAAGCAUCUUUGCGGACCAACCAAUGCGCCGUUUUGUGCACGCGUUCACCAUCAGGGCUACGACAAUGGAGCUGUGGAUUUACGAUCGCUCUGGCGCGUAUAGCUCGGGCGAGUUCAACAUUCAUCACGAGCCGGAGAAGCUGGCGCGUGCUCUUGUUGCAUAUGCCACUAUGGACGACGCUGCGAUGGGUUUGGAUAUGUCUAUCGAGUGGAAAAACAGCCAUCGCUACAUCACAGUGGAAGAUGGUAAUGGUUAUGACAAACGUGUGGAACUGAACGGGUUGCUCGUCAGGCAACGGGCCGUGGUAUGCAGGGGAACAGCCUGUUUCUUGACGAGGCAGGGUGUGGCUAAGUUUUCCUGGCGUUCAGAUAAGCGCCAACCGCCCGAAGUGGAGCAUCUGAAGCUGGCACAGGAGAAGGGUGUGGAAGGCGUUGCUACACUGGUAGGGCAUCGCGAGAUUACCAGCAUUGCUGCACUGCGAGCAGGCCUGGUCUUUUCCAGCUACACACGGCAUGCCUUUCGAGCGACAGCCCACGAACGAUCAGGCGGGUACAAUCGCCUGCAGGGCUCGGAGAGCAGCGGCUCCAGCCGAAAACGCAAGUCCUCAGACAAUCCGCGUCCUCGCACGACGCGGCAGUCCAACAGUCAAAAGUCUACACCGAGGCAAGCGUACGAUCAAUCGAGCGGAGACGAAGCGAGCGGCGAAGCGAAGUCGAGCAUAUACACCCCAAACCGAGAGGACCCAUACGAGAAUCGCAUUUUAUCCUGCCUUGUCAUUUCCCCUGCGGGACGUGUCCUCAGCGACUUCAGCACCAUCCGAGAGCUGCUCGAAGCACUCCAUGACGCCAUCAGAGCGCACCGAUCCCUUUACCUAAAGGGUGGGAUACUACAUCGCGAUAUUUCGUCGAACAACAUCAUCAUACCAAGUCCCGGGAAGGCCGAUGGUUUCAAAGGAAUGCUCAUCGACCUUGAUCUUGCCAAGAAACGAGAUAGCGGUCCUAGCGGUGCACGCCAUCGGACAGGUACGAUGCAGUUCAUGGCAAUUGAGGUGCUCCGCGGCCUAGACCACACCUAUCGCCAUGACUUGGAAUCCUUUUUCUACGUUCUUCUAUGGAUGUGCGCACGCUGCGCAUGGGAUGAAAUGAAACGUUUCUGUGGAGAGGGCGAAACAGCGCCAGAAGAAAGCCUUUUGCGCAAAUGGGAGAUCGGGCGCUUCAAGGAUAUUGCCGACGCCAAGGAAGGCCAUAUGACGGUGAACAGCCUCGAGCGCAUUAUGAACGAGUUUCCGGUGUCAUUGAAUAUCGCAAAACCACUGUGUUUGCGCAUUCGGUCCAUAUUAUUUGGAGAUACAGCAAGACUGAUGUUUGGAACACCAGAUGGAGAUCCGGGACGGCUUUAUGACCGUAUCAUUGCCGCAUUCGGCGAGACUAUCGAUGACUGCUAG